AUGACCGAAAAAGAAAUGCUGGAGGUAAUUUCAAGUGAUUGCGAGCUAAUAGGUGUAAAACGCUUAAAGCGCAGAAAAACGGAUGGAAAGGGAUGGGAAGAUAAUGAAUCAAUACGUUUGCAAUUUAAGGGCUUAUCGUUGCCAGCAUCAGUAUACAUUUACGGCAUGAAGAUUAACGUCAACCCCUAUGUCUUCCCAGUCACUCAAUGUUCAAGGUGUUGGAGGUUCGGUCAUAGCCUACGUGUUUGCCCCUCUAAAAAGAUUGUAUGCCCUAAGUGUGGAAAGGGGCAUGCUAAUUGUGAGAUCACAACAUUUAGAUGUAUUAACUGUAUCGGGACUCACAUGUCGUUGGAUAGAUCUUGUCCUAUAUUUAUAAAAGAAAAGCGUCUAAGGAGUUUAAUGGCUGAAUUCAAUUGCUCAUAUAAAAAGGCCUUACAAAUAUAUAUUCCUCCAGAACCUCAACCUGUACAAGUAGAACAAGAAACAACUAUAUUAAAGACGGCCCAAAGACAUCUCAACCCAAAUACAUCUUUAUAUAAUAAUAUGCCUGAACCUAUAACUGUGUCCUCUAUCUCACAAAACAAAGAUGGGGUAAUGUCUUAUGCAAACGUUACUCGAUCGGUACCGCGCUUACGUUCUGAAAUUACUUCUAACACUAAAUCAAUACCAUUAACAUCACAAUCGGGUGCUAUGGAGGUUUCGCAAACUUUACAAGAAAAAACUAUAAGUACAAACAGAAAAAGGAAAAAGAAGCAAAAUCAGAAUGAAGUGUUUGAAAACGAUAUAUCUACAGAAUCAGAAGAAGUAAUUAAUAAUAAUGAUGAUGAUAUGGAAAGUGAGUUAAAAUUAAGAAAAGAGAAAAAAAGAGAGAAGAGAGAAGCUUAA